AUGACUACAAUAAUCAAUCCCACCAAUAAUAACUACUACGAACCGGUCAGGAUAUUUCGUCAACCUGCUGCUCAUUCGAAAGCUACAAUUAAAUACAAUAAAUCAUGGCAGAAUGAUCAUAACGUCUACAAUUUCAAAAGCUCAAAUUUAAGAAAAGUGUCAGAUGAUUUCAAUGAUUAUUACGACACCAAGAAAUUAAGAUCUGAAUUUUGGAAUCUAAAUGUAAACCCUUUGAUUGAUUUCGACGUUAAUGGUAACCAAAUUGUCAUUGCUAACAAUUCAAUGCAAGAUAAUUUGAAUUUUUAUCAAAUAUCAGAUAAUUUGAAUCAAACAAAAUUAAAACCAAUAAGAUCAAUUACUGUACCAAAAUCUCAAAUAACAAAUUUAAAACAGAUAAAUUCUAACCUAUUAUUAACUUCUCAUCAAGAUGGCGCUGUCAAUUUAAUCACUUCUAAUCAUGAUAAUUCAUCAAUUGUUAAAAGAUUCAAUCAAGCUAAAUUUAUGAAAUCUACUUUAACUGCUACUAAUAAUAAUAAUAAUAAUAAUAAUAAUAAUAAUAAUACCACCAACCUUUCAAAUACCCCUAUUCAUCAUUUAGACUCGAUUAAUGAAUCUAGUUUCAUCUCUUCUAUCAAUGAAUCUAUUUUCAUCUAUGAUUUGGAAUACUCAAAGAGACCAAAUUAUCUUAAUAAUUUUAAUGGAUUAAAUUCAUUUGUUAUUAAAGAUGAUAAUUCAAUUACAUUGAAUUGUAAAGAUGGAUUAAAAUUCAUUGAUUUACGUUCAAAUUCUCAAACAAUUCUGAAAAUUGGUAAUUUUAUCACAAGUGAAUUCUUAAAUAACGGAAAAAUUGCCACUUAUGAAUAUGACUCAAAUAAGAUCAAAAUAUUCGAUUUAAGAAAUACAAAGGAUACAGUGACUGAAUGUCUUUUUGAUAAUCAGAGAAAAAUUGAUUGUAAACAAAUUAAUUGGAAUAAUUCCAAAAAUGAAAUGUACGUACUGGAUUCAUUCGGGAAUUUAUCAAUUUGGGAUAUGUUACAUGAUUCAAAAUAUAGGACUUUCAAAAAUGGUUUGACAAAAUAUGACAAUAAAACAAGUUUAAAUAACGUCGUGGAAUGUGGGGAUAUGAUCGUUAGAAAUGGUGAUAUUGGUAAAAUUGGUUUCAGUAAUGCAAAUGAUGGUAUAUUUGGUAUGGGUUUAAAAGAAAUUAGUUACCAUAAGAUAAUAAACGUUAUGGAAAAAAUUGUUACCACCAAUCCGGCACCAUCGAGUGAUUCUGAAAAUGAAACAGAUGUUAGUUCCAUUUUUGAACCAAAUUUAAAUCUUGAUUCACCGCAUAUUAAAAAUUCAUAUUCAUCAGAAAAUUCAUUGACAUCAACUUGCAAAAUUAAAUAA